CGGCAAUUGUAAUAUUUUCUUCUCAGUUUCUUUUCCUAACCUUCUUUGAAUAUACCCUCGCGUCAGUCUCUUUCCCCUAUCUCUCUUUCAUAUGGCAGUCGGCGGCUGCGCUUUCUCUUCGGAUGAUAUAGUUAUAAAAUCGCCGACUGAUAGACGACUAUACAGAUAUAUUCGACUUAACAACGGCUUAUGUGGUCUCCUAAUCCACGAUCCAGAUAUUUACUCGAAUGAAUCAAUUACAAAAGGGGGUGGUGGUAGUCCAGAAGAUGAAGAAAUGGACGAGGACAGCGGCGAAGAAGAAGAGGAUAGUGAAGAGGACGACGAUGUUGAUGACGAUAAUGACAGCGAAGAUGACAAGGGGAAGCAAGGCGCAUCCCAGUGUAAGAAGGCUGCCGCUGCAAUGUGCGUUGGUAUGGGCAGCUUUUCUGAUCCAUUGGAGGCCCAGGGCCUUGCCCACUUUCUAGAACACAUGCUGUUCAUGGGCAGUAGUGAAUUUCCUGAUGAAAACGAGUAUGAUAGUUACUUGUCUAAGCAUGGAGGCUCUUCAAAUGCUUACACAGAAGCAGAGCACACAUGUUACCAUUUUGAAGUUAAACCAGAGUUUCUAGAGGGUGCUUUGAGAAGGUUUUCUCAGUUCUUUAUAUCACCUUUAGUUAAAGCUGAAGCCAUGGAAAGGGAACUACUAGCUGUUGAUUCAGAAUAUAACCAGGUACUGCAAAAUGAUUCUUGUCGCCUACAACAACUUCAGUGUCAUACAGCAACAUCUGGUCACCCUUUAAAUCAAUUUUUUUGGGGUAAUAAAAAGAGUUUGGGGGAUGCUAUGGAGAAGGGAAUCAAUUUGCGUGAACAGAUUUUGAAAUUAUACGGCGAUUAUUAUCAGGGUGAAUUAAUGAAGCUAGUUAUCAUAGGAGGAGAAGCGCUGGAUGUACUGGAAAGUUGGGUCCUCGAACUUUUUGGCAAAGUGAAGAGUGGAGUUGCACCGAAACAUGACUCCAGAUUAGGAAUUCCAAUUUGGACACCUGGUAAACUCUAUCGGAUAGAAGCUGUUAAAGAUAUUCAUAUGCUUGAUGUAUCAUGGACAUUGCCCAGUCUCCGCAAAGACUACAUGAAGAAAUCAGAAGAUUACCUGGCUCAUCUUCUUGGGCAUGAGGGCAAAGGAAGCUUGCAUUAUCUUCUGAAGGCUAAAGGAUGGGCAACAUCUAUAUCUGCUGGGGUUGGAGAUGAAGGAACGCACAAGUCUUCAAUAGCGUACAUAUUUGGCAUGUCUAUACAUCUCACUGACUCUGGCCUGGAAAAGAUCUAUGAGAUCAUUGGUUUUGUUUAUCAAUACAUUAAACUCUUGCGCCAAGUUUCUCCCCAAAAAUGGAUUUUUAAGGAACUUCAAGAUAUCGGAAAUAUGGAAUUUAGAUUUGCUGAGGAGCAACCUCAAGAUGACUAUGCUUCUGAACUCGCAGAGAAUCUGCUUAUUUAUCCACCAGAGGACGUUAUCUGUGGAGAUUAUUCUUACAAGAUUUGGGAUGUUGAUAUGAUCAAAUAUGUUUUGGGGUUCUUCACACCAGACAACAUGAGAACUGAUGUAAUAUCAAAGAAGCUUCAGAGCUCACAAAAAUUUAGUUGUGAGCCAUGGUUUGGAUCACAAUAUGUGGAGGAAGAUAUUUCUCCGAGGCUAAUGGAAAUGUGGAGGGAUCCUCCAGCAAUUGAUAUUUCUUUACAUCUGCCUGCAAGAAAUGAGUUCAUUCCUACUGAUUUUUCUAUUCGUGCUUGUAAGACCUCUGAUGAUACUACUUGCAAUCCAUUCCCAGUAUGUAUACUUGACGAAGAAUUACUGAAGUUCUGGUACAAGCUUGAUAAGACUUUUAAACUUCCUCGUGCAAAUGCAUAUUUUCGCAUCACAUUAAAGGGAGCGUGUAAUCAUUUGAAGAAUUAUCUGUUGAGUGAAUUGUUCAUUCACCUUCUCAGGGAUGAGCUAAAUGAGAUUAUUUAUCAGGCUAGUGUGGCAAAGUUAGAAACUUCUGUAUCUCUUCAUAGCGACAAGUUGGAGUUCAAGGUGUAUGGCUUUAAUGAUAAGCUUCCAGUUAUUCUGUCUAGAGUUUUGUCGAUUACUAAAUCUUUUGUGCCAAGAGAUGAUCGUUUCAAGGUUAUUAAAGAGAAUUUGGAAAGGACUUUGAGGAACACCAACAUGAAACCACUUAAUCAUUCAUCAUAUCUGAGGCUUCAAGUCCUUUGUCAGAGUUUCUGGGAUGUAGAUGAGAAGCUGAAAUUACUGGAUCAUAUUUCUGUUUCUGAUGUGAGAGCUUUUAUUCCUGAGCUCCUUUCCCAGUUGUAUAUUGAAGGACUGUGUCAUGGAAAUUUGCUUGAAGAAGAGGCACUGAACAUAUCAAACAUAUUUAAAAGUUACUUUCCUGUAAAAACUCUUCCAUUUGAGAUGAGACAUAAAGAGAGUGUGAUGUGUCUAUCUUCUGGUUCGAAUCUGGUUAGGGAUGACAAAGUGAAAAAUAAGCUUGAACCGAACUCUGUGGUUGAGCUAUAUUUUCAAAUUGAACCAGAAUCAGAGACAGACCUACCCAGAUUGAAAGCACUUAUAUCUCUCUUUGAUGAAAUUGUGGAAGAGCCACUUUUUAACCAGCUCAGGACAAAAGAACAGCUUGGUUAUGUUGUUGAUUGUAGUCCACGAGUGACUUAUCGCAUAUUGGGUUUCUGUUUUCGUGUUCAAUCUUCUGAGUACAACCCCAUCCACUUGCAAGGGAGAAUUGAUGAAUUCAUUAAUAGCCUUGAGAAUUUGUUGAAUGGACUUGAUGACGAAUCAUUUAUGAAUUACAAAAGUGGCUUAAUGGCUAAGCUUCUUGAGAAGGAUCCUUCUCUUGCCUACGAAACAAAUCGUUUUUGGGGUCAGAUUGUUGAUCAAAGGUAUAUGUUUGACUUGUCUGAGAAGGAAGCACUUGAACUGGAGAGCAUUCGCAAGUGUGAUGUUGUUGACUGGUAUAAAACAUAUCUGAGACAGGCAUCUCCAAAGUGUCGGAGGCUCGCUGUUCGACUCUGGGGCUGCAACACUAACUGGGAAGAUUCUGAUGCACAAAUAAUAUCAGUGCAAUCUAUUCCAGACAUUGUAGAUUUUAAAAAAUUGUCUACGUUCUAUCCAGCUAUUUGUUGAAAAUUACUGUCUGUUCUCCAAACGUAGAGUAUCAAGUGCAGGUUGUACCUAUUAAAGUCGAUGUCUUAACAGCCAAGGAGUAUGGACUUAGUUUCCGAGAAGAGAAAUGAGGUGAGGUGGCAUGACAGACGGUAUUGAACAAUUAUAAGAAAGUGUUUCUUAUUAUGUUCAAUUGCAAUUUGAGUGAGAAAUAUUACAUUAUUAUAUAUUGUUGACCAUUUUUAUAAAAUUUGUGGUGUCCUGAGCGAUCAGUUGCAUA